ACGUCACGUCCGGCGCGGAGACGGCUAGUCUCCGUACGGUCGGCGGGGCACGCAUAGCCGGGCAGUUGGUUCGUGGGCUGUGGAGGCGACGGAGCCGGGGGCUGGUGGGGCCGGCUCAGGGAGGACCUGCCUGGGGGCUUUCUCUUGCAUACGCUCGCUUGGGCUGGCCAGGGUGUCACUUCUGCCUCCCUGCCCUCCAGAUCAUGGACGGCUCCUUCGUCCAGCACAGUGUGAGGGUUCUGCAGGAGCUCAACAAGCAGCGGGAGAAGGGCCAGUACUGCGACGCCACUCUGGACGUUGGGGGCCUGGUGUUUAAGGCGCACUGGAGUGUCCUUGCCUGCUGCAGCCACUUCUUCCAGAGCCUCUACGGGGAUGGCUCAGGAGGUAGUGUCGUCCUCCCUGCUGGCUUCGCUGAGAUCUUUGGCCUCUUGUUGGACUUUUUCUACACUGGUCACCUCGCUCUCACCUCAGGGAACCGGGAUCAGGUGCUCCUGGCAGCCAGGGAGUUGCGAGUGCCAGAGGCCGUAGAGCUGUGCCAGAGCUUCAAGCCCAAAACUUCAGUGGGACAGGCAGCAGGUGGCCAGAGUGGGCUGGGGCCCCCUGCCUCCCAGAAUGUGAACAGCCUUCUCAAGGAGCCGGCAGGCUUGCAAGAAGAGGAAGUUUCGAGGACUCUGGGUCUAGUCCCCAGAGAUCAGGAGCCCAGAGGCAGUCAUAGUCCUCAGAGGCCCCAGCUUCAUUCCCCAGCUCAGAGAGAGAGCCCCUCCUCCCUCUGUGGGAAACUCAAGCAGGCCUUGAAGCCUUGUUCCCCCGAGGACAAGGAACCUGAGGACUGCAAAGUGCCUCCAAGGCCCUUCGAGGCUGAAGGUGGCCAGCUGCAGGGCGGGAGUAAUGAGUGGGAAGUGGUGGUUCAAGUGGAGGACGACGGGGAUGGUGAUUACAUGUCUGAGCCUGAGGCUGUGCUGACCAGGAGGAAGUCAAAUGUAAUCCGAAAGGCCUGUGCAGCUGAGCCAGCCCUGAGUGUGGGCUCCCUAGCAGCUGAGCCUGCUGAGAACAGAAAAGGUACAGCGGUGCCGGUCGAAUGCCCCACAUGUCAUAAAAAGUUCCUCAGCAAAUAUUAUCUAAAAGUUCACAACAGGAAACAUACUGGGGAGAAACCCUUUGAGUGUCCCAAGUGUGGGAAGUGUUACUUUCGGAAGGAGAACCUCCUCGAGCAUGAAGCCCGGAAUUGCAUGAACCGCUCGGAACAGCAUCCCCCCCUGCCCAGGCAGACUCUUUCCAGCAGCAAGCGGAAGCCCGGGCAGAGGCUGCUGUCACAGGCAGAGGCCCCCGCUGAUGCCGGCCCUGCUUGCCCCUCACACUGCCAGGUCUUCACAUGCUCCGUGUGCCAGGAGACAUUCCGCCGGAGGAUGGAGCUGCGGGUGCACAUGGUGUCUCACACAGGGGAGAUGCCCUACAAGUGUUCCUCCUGCUCCCAGCAGUUCAUGCAGAAGAAGGACUUGCAGAGCCACAUGAUCAAGCUGCAUGGAGCCCCAAAGCCCCAUGCAUGCCCCACCUGUGCCAAGUGCUUCCUGUCUCGGACAGAGCUGCAGCUGCAUGAAGCUUUCAAGCACCGUGGUGAAAAGCUGUUUGUGUGUGAGGAGUGUGGGCACCGGGCCUCAAGCCGGAAUGGCCUGCAGAUGCACAUCAAGGCCAAGCACAGGAAUGAGAGGCCACACGUGUGUGAGUUCUGCAGCCACGCCUUCACCCAAAAGGCCAAUCUCAACAUGCACCUGCGCACACACACGGGCGAGAAGCCCUUCCAGUGCCACCUCUGUGGCAAGACCUUCCGAACCCAAGCCAGCCUGGACAAGCACAACCGCACUCACACCGGGGAAAGGCCCUUCAGUUGCGAGUUCUGUGAACAGCGCUUCACUGAGAAGGGGCCCCUCCUGAGGCACGUGGCCAGCCGCCAUCAGGAGGGCCGGCCCCACUUCUGCCAGAUCUGCGGCAAGACCUUCAAAGCCGUGGAGCAACUGCGUGUGCAUGUCAGACGACAUAAGGGGGUGAGGAAGUUCGAGUGCACCGAGUGCGGCUACAAGUUUACGCGGCAGGCCCACCUGCGGAGGCACAUGGAAAUCCACGACCGGGUGGAGAACUACAACCCGCGGCAGCGCAAGCUCCGCAACCUGAUCAUCGAGGAUGAGAAGAUGGUGGUGGUGGCGCUGCAGCCGCCUGCGGAGCUGGAGGUGGGCUCGGCGGAGGUCAUUGUGGAAUCCCUGGCCCAGGGCGGCCUGGCCUCCCAGCUCCCAGGCCAGAGACUGUGUGCAGAGGAGAGCUUCACCAGCCCAGGUGUCCUGGAGCCCUCCCUCAUCAUCACAGCUGCUGUCCCCGAGGACUGUGACACAUAGCCCACUUUGGCCACCAGAGCCCACUUGGCCCCACCCAAUAAACCGUGUGGCUUUGGACUUGCGUA